AUGGUCUGGGAAGAUCCAACCCUAGCCGAGUGGGACCCGAGUACGUUUUAUGCAAGUAUUUAUGGCUAUUUAUCAUUAUUCAGUAAGCCUUUUUCAAUUUUUGGGUAUCCCCGAUCUGCGAGUCGUAAGCACUGGUAGUCACUUCCCUGCUACCUUUUGCUAAAAACUCCUUUUAUUGAAAAAUUAAUCCGACCGCUGGCAGGAUAUGUCCAACUUCAGCUUGCAGAGGCAUUUUUGGCCUUGUGUUUCUCUACCUGUGGGUGUACAUCAUUUUAAAGACAGUGCCACCCCACGUCACUCAGGAUCUGCAGAUGUAUGUGAGCGGUUAGUUAUGUCAGUACUUUGGUGCGAACUCCUUAUCUGAUACUGAUGUGUAAGGGUGCUCAUGAGCAACACUUCUGACCAAAAAGCGAUUUCAAGGCCCUAUCCGCGUCAAGAAAUACUCUAUGUAUUAAUCCAGGGCGCGAACAUUCGCUGGUAAUUUUUCAGCUACCUCGCCCUACCGGUGCUUAUUCUCUUCGAUUCAACUACCUCUUACAACCCCACCCCCCUUGCUGUUUGGAGCCUGAUUUUUUCAAAUUUCUGAAAACUAACCUAGAUGACUUCAGACUCUUCUGCGGGGAUCUGGGCAAUGAAGUCUCGGAUGACACUCUGACUCGGGCGUUCUCAAGGUAUCCCUCAUUUCAGAAGGCCAAAGUAAUCGUCGAUAAACGCUCUGGC